GGAGGUCAGAGCUCCUGGUGGGACGACGUGGCCAGCACUGGCCUGAUGACCGCCGCUUCGUUCGUCACUGUCUCCCUCCUCUUCUGGGUCGACCUCGUCCCCGGCGUCGGAGAGUCGGAGAGCGUCUCUGAGCUCGGCAGCGGCCUGGUGCGGGCUCUCGCCGCGCUGGGCGACCAGUUCCCGUACUACCGGCGCGCCUGUCUGCUGAUCGGCAUCGCCUGCCCCGCCCUGACGCUGACCGCCGUCCGCCUGCUCUCCGCCGGCCGACCCACCUUCCAGCUGGCCUCACUAGUGACCCUCGGUGUGCUCGUCUCGGAGCUGUGGUGGUCCGUGUCGCGGAUAGAUGGUGCUGGCGGCUGGACGCCCCACGCCCGUCUGACUGGCGAGGCGGUAAUGGCGGUGGUAGGGGGUCUUCUGAUGAUUGGGGGGCUGAUCGCUUGGCUGUCGUUCGGUGAGAAGAAGCCUGGGAAGGAUCUGGAGCUGACGGCUCGUGAUGUGGAGAUGUACAAACUGCAGCACGGUGGCGGGGUCACGGCCACUAAAUACCGGUGGCAUCAGCCGGAGACGGUGUGAUUGUGUUGCCCGAGAGUCGUCUGGGCUUCGCUGUGUAAGAUGGUGAUAUUUUGAAGUGUUCUAUUUUUGUCUUUUUAUUGAAUCGUCGAUCGCAAUGUGCAGUUGCAGUAUGUAAUAAAGAGUGCAUGACUUGCCCCAUGCUCAUGCGGGCUGCGAGCGUAUCUUCGUGGCUUCAGGAGCUAAUGUGAAUUAAUUAGACAUUUGUGGCGAGUAAAACCAACACGUGCUACGCUAGCAUAAGUUACCAUAUCUUGUGUUAUGUAUAUAUUUAUGUUUUUCUAGAUGAAGAGUUUUGCCAAUGGCCGAAGCAAACCAUUCGAUGCAGGAAGUGUUUUCGCACAUUCGGGAGACGCCAUAUGAUCAACUUCUUGCGUUUGAAUAGUUAAUGCCCCCGUACGGUGUACUCGUAUCAUCAUCUUUUUUUCGCGUGGUGUGCUUAAAAACGCAUCAGAAAGCCGUAGAAAACCAUGGCCCACAAGUGCGAUGAUUUAUUUCAUUGCUGUCAAGCACUAGUGGUGUCUUUGUACAAGGCCGUAAAGGGUAUGAAUAUUCAUAAUGUGCGUAUAUGUGUCUUGGUUCUAUUAUGCUAGGUAUACAUACAUCCGUUCUCCACAAUCACAUCCUUUGCGGCUUCGCCACGAAUACGUUUAUUAGCCGAACAAAGCUGAAAAUGGCUGCAGCCUGCAUGUGAACUUGAUGUGUGUGGGUAAUCGGCCGUCUGUGUGUAGCGAGAAUUGUAUGCAUACAUACCUACAAUAUACCUACAUUGUAUGUGCCUAGGUACCUACACAACAGACGCUGUUCGUACUUAAAUGCCACUUAAUUGUUGUAAUAAAACGGUGAUAAGCAACGAAAGUAAACGGUGUAAAGCUAAACGUUUUUGCGAGUAUUUCGGAGUGGCUUUGUUAUUUUUUUUUUGUCGAGCCUCGAGGAAUGAAUCAAAAUAAAUAAAAGGAAAACCGAACCAUGCGUACUGCGUAGUUCGUAGGUAGGUAUGCUUAAUCUUAUUGCCUAAUCAGUUAUAAAACGUUUCUGCAGUUUCUCGGCUCGUUACUUUUCUCAAGUAAGCCAUUCAUGUUAACGAGAAAGUCGAUAAAUUACACAGAGUAGUAUAACGGACACAAUAUUACGGCCAAGAUCAAGACACCGUUCCUCUUUCCCAUCCUCGGGAGUCAAAUCCUUCUCGCUCUCGGCUCAAGCCCCCUAAAAUAUGUUCAGGACUGGAUAGACGACAGUCACCCUCAUCCGACGUGGGUAGCUCCUCUGGAGCAGGCCCAUAGUCCGGUGAGGUGACCAUUAGCGGGGGCACCGAGCCCCGCUGCGGGGCUCGGUGUCCUGUCCACAGGACGCCGGACGGGCACAGCCCCGGCGGUGCAACGGGGUGUCCUCGAUAAAUCCCCUGAUUCCCCUUCCCCUUCCCCUGAUUCCUAGAAUCUUUCCGGCUCGGCCAAUGUCUCGCUAGAACAAAAAGUUAGAACAAAAGCUAGAAGGAAAAGAGUGCUUGAAAAUUAGGGGAUAGUAAUAAGCGGUCACCCUGGUGCACCACCGCAACUGAGUCCAUCGGCGUCCCGAUGUAGUGUAGUGUUGAGCCUCAAGCUCCACAUCACUUAAUGGCUGUGCUGCAGCUCCCUGUGUUGACCUGAGGAGGGGUGUAGUGUUGGACCUCAACGGUGACUCAGUGUGUUGCCUCCCUCAGGUGUGUUGGCCUCUCAGCAACGGGCUGUAAAUAAACAAGCUAGGGCAGA